AUGAGCGAAUCAAAAAUGGAAAUCCAAGAUGGAUCACAUAAAAAAACAAGAAUGAUGGAGCGAAUGUCUAAACAUGAUGUUAAUGUAUUGGAAAACAUGGUACCUAAGCUCCCUCGUAUAACUGGGCUGGUCUAUGAUAAGACAUUAAAACGUUGGAGAUCCAUAGUUCCCUCUGUAUACUCGUCUAAGCGUACGGUUAGGUAUUUUAGCGUCAGAAAAUAUGGCUUCAAAAAGGCAUGGCUGAAGGCUCUGCAUCAUAUUUGUAAUUCCAUAAUAAGUCAUCUAAUGGCAAAAGCAAAAAGAAAAAGCCAUAGAAUUGGUUAUUCUGAUGUUGAAACAGAAUCUGAAUAUGGUAAUGAUGAAUUUCUCCUGGAUAGGACUAAACUAGAUGAAAAUAUUUUCCAUGAUAUGAAUACAAAAAACCUCGAUAACUUGAACAGUGAAAUUGGCAUAGAUACAUCUGAUUGUGACAUAUUGUAUCCAAUUUUUAAGUAUGUUUUAUCUAAACCCGUAUCUGGGAAGCAUGAAACCACUGAUGAAGAUCCUCGCAAACUGAGGGCUGCACUUUUUGAUAAAAGCAUAUCCAGAGACAAUCAUUCACAUAAAAACGAGGAUAUAAAUCACGAAGUCCUUUUGGGAAGACUUCCAACAAAAGCUGAUAAGAGUAGUACAAGUAUGGAAACAGCAGGUACAGAUACAACUGGGUUAGACAGUUUGGAAAAUGAGUCCAGGGAAUAUGAAACAAAGCAGUUAGAAAGAUCAGACAACGACGAUCGUUUGUACAGUUUAAGAAAAAACCCAAAAAAGUCCAAAAGAAUUGAUGAAAACUAUUUUAUAACAAGUGAAAACAGCAUUGAAAUGUUGACGUUCGAUGAUGAGAUUUGCAACAUUGAAGCUAGAAACCGGGACUCAUUUUCGAAUACGGAUAUUCUUAUGGGACAAAGGAGCGGCAAUUCAGUAUACAGUACAGAAUACCGUUUGGAGUCAUUUGAAAAUUUGGUGUCUGAUUCUGAUGAUCAUUUAAAGUGUAAGGACGAUACUAGCUUAGGACGCAACUUGAUCGACGUAGAUUUCGACAAAUAUAUAAAAGCAUUAGAUUUGUUCGAUGAUGAAAAGAACCUGAAUGACAGUGGAAAUACAGGUUGUACUAAACAUGUUCAAAAAGAAGAAAAAAAUCACACAAAAAAUGGAAAGCCAUCAGGUAAAUUUGAAGCACUUCUUGCGGCCACUAGAUCUUCAGCAAAGAAUUCUCCGUCAUAUGAGAAAAUUGAAGAUCAAUCAAAAAUUGCAAACAGUUUGCGCCCGUGGCAUCAGUGUAUUGUCUGGAUCCCAAGCAUUUCUCGUUGGAGAACGCUGUAUUAUGAUGAUAUGUCAGUCAAACAUACAAAGACAUUCACACCUGCUGUAUUUGGGGGCGUAGAGGCGGCGUAUUAUGCUGCUGUAGAAUUUAGGAACAUGAUAGACAAUAUGAACGGUUUAACAUCUCUUGCAACUAUAAGACGUACUUGGAACAAGACAGGUGCAAACAUAAAACACACAAGAGAAGAAACACUCAAAAACAUGAAGAAGAGAAGGGAAAAUUUUGCCAAGUGUAAUAACUGGACUGAAAACACGGAAUAUUCUAAACCAAAUUCUACACAUCAUCGUACAUCACAAAAGAGGAAGAUUGAAAAAUUAUCGAAUGAAAUAAACUCAGAUGAUGGAUAUAGUGCAUAUAUACAGGAGGGUUUAUCGGAACAUAGUUUAUUAGGUUUGGAUGCUAAGUAUCUCUGUAUGCCAAUACCCAUAAACUGGCAUAAUGAUUGCAAAACUUAUGUAGAAUCAUAG